UUACAAAUAUUUAUCUGUAGGUAAAUUAGUGAAGCUAAAUGAAACUUUUUACUGAAUUGCUUUAUAUGAUUCAUUCUUAUUUGGUUUAACAUGGUAUCAAUUGUACAGCUUUGUACAUUGAUCACACAUAUCAUGAUCACUAUCUUCUUAAAAGCAUCUUCCCUUUUGCUCUCAAAACAGCCCUCAUAUGUCAAAGUACAGACCCCUGAUGUCGUAUACCGGACAUGGUGAAUUCUUCCAGUUGCGCAGCAUUUGGUCUUGAUCAUUUUUUUAUUAUUCCAACAAAAUAAUAAUCUCAAAAAUUCAUCAAGAUUCUUUUCACUAAAUGUCUGUUAGGUCUUUCAUUUGGUAUGAAACACAAGUUGACAAAAGUGCUUUACAAAACAGUCUCUACACACAUAAUGCAUGAAAACAUUGUAAAUCAUGUAAUAAAAGUAAGGAAAUGCUUUUUGUUCCAGCAGUGACUCUUAGAAUUAAAAGCCAAAAAGUAAAAUUUAUCGUAAGCAUUCAUUUUAAACAGAGAACAUUCUCAGCCCUCCUUAUUUUGAGUGGUAAACUUGUAUAAUUUUGGUAGAGCAACUUCAAAAAUGCUAAAUCCUUGAUUGCCUUUAUACUAUUUUAGUUUAUAUCUGGGAAAGUUAAAGAAAAACCUUAGGCAACAACAAUAAAAGCUCAAGUUGAUUGUACAACGGACCUAUGCAAUGGAAAGAAGUCAUAACUGGAGGAGGUAUGUGUUCCUGCCAUUUUGUGUCUGUAAGUAGACGGGCUACUGCAUUCUUAACCUUAAAAGGCCUAACUUAAAAUAUAUAAUACCAGCUGCCAAUUUAUGUUCAAAAUACCAUGUCUAAGAAAUUCAAACUACCUCUGUCAAUAUUGCAUAGAAACGUGGUCAGAAAUUCAGUCGAAAUUAUCCCAGGAUGUCAUUAAUAGCUAAAAGUCUGCAACUCGUCAAGGAACAUUUAUCAAAAUAGUGAGGCUAUAAAUUUAUUGGACAAUCCUGUGUAAUUUUGAUUUCAAGCCAUAGCUACUUCGUCUUUUUUUUUUUUUUAAGUUGAAACUGUAUUGAUUAGUUUGCCUCAUUGAAAAAAAUAAAUAAAAAAGUUCAAAUAAACCACAUUUUUAUCAUUUGACGAAUGUAUGAAAACGCAUGACCUGCGCUGCACAUCCUGAUCCAGAUCGGCUAUAGCGACCACAGCGGGUCAGUGCUGUGUGUGUCUGCCUCCUCCAUGAAGCUCUUCGCUCUGUCUCCGCUUCACUUGCGUCCGAGCGGCGGAUGGGAGCGCUGGAAGCACGGAUGUUGCCUCACGGUUAUGUUAUUGAUGUUUCCAGACAUCCGCCGCUGCUGCUGCUGCUGCUGCUGCUGCUUGUGUAGCUCGACCGUGGCCUAUUUUGGAUGCGCAAGCAACGGGAGCCCUUCCAGUUCAAUUAGCUUUGUGUCUGUGGAGCGAUCAUUUUUCUACGCGUGAUACCGGGGUGAGGUGAGGGGGGUUCUGGGAUGUAAACACGACGGCUUGCCUGCGCUCAUGAUCUGGGGCGAGGUGAGGCUGAUUCCUCGGACUCGGACCGCCAGCUGAUUUCACUCCGGAGCAGAGCAGCUGUUCGCUCCAAUGGCGUCAGUUUCGAAAGUGUCUAUCCUGGAUUAUUUCAAUAUUGUGUUCGAGGGGGAAAAUGGUAAAAUCGAGUCCAACUGCAAGGCUUGUGGCACCAGAAUCCAGGCGAAACGGAGCGUUACGUCCAACUUCGUUACACAUCUUAAGCGUAAACACCCAGCUAUGUAUGAUGACUUUGUGAAAAGAAAGGAUAUGAAGAGAGAGGGUUAUUCCUCUGCUUGCCUGCACAGUUUCACAACCAAUGGAGGAAACCCCCGCUUCACACUCCCUGUAACAACUGGAACAGGGGGAGGAGCCCUAGUGAGUGUUGGAGGAGUGGGCACCCUUGAGGGAGGAGGAGGGGGCCCUGGAGCAGGGGUGACUAAGUUUGACAGACAUGACCCCCGUCAGGUUCUCAUCUCCGAGGCAAUAGCUAAGAUGAUCGUGCAUGAUCUGCAGCCGGUGUCUAUUGUGGAAAAUCAGGGCUUCAGGGAGUUGCUGCAGCUCCUGGAGCCCCGUUACACUCCUGAGCCCCAGCAUUACAUCCAGGGACAGCUUCUCCCUGCCUACGCUUACCAGGCUCAGCUGGCUACACGUCAGGCCGUAGCAUCAGCACACACCCUCAGUCUCAGCUUAGAUCUCUGGAGGAGCCAAACUCAAACUGCUUCAGGGUACCUCGGUGUUACCUGCCAUUAUCUUGCAUCUGACUGGCAGAUACGUUCUGCUCUCCUGGCCUGCCUCCCACUGACUUGCAGCAGCUCGGCGAGCCGUGUGCUGGCGGAUUUUGACGAAGUGUGUCAUUCUCACGGCGUGUCAGGGAGAGCAUUUUGCGUCGUUGCGGACCCUUUUCCGGCGACGGCGAGGCCAUGUUGUCUUCCUGGCUUCCUGCUUCCACCUGUUCUUACCAACGGCCAAGAUGAUGAUCCAACAGAUCAAGUGCUGGACAACGGAAACAAAGCAGAGCAGUGGAUCAGUAAUGGCCACGAGUGUAAUGGAGAGGAGGAAGACUGGGGGGAGUCAUGGGAGCAGGGUUUGGGCGUUUGUCGGGUAGACUGUUUCUCUCGCUCUCUGGAACAAUGUGUCAGGGAGGGGUUGCGCUCCUCCCCACAAAUUUCCUCUACCUUGACCAAGGUCGCACGUUUCUAUAACUACAUUACCUCCGCUGUACCUCCUGAGAAACUCAUCCAGGUGUUUGACGGGUGGUUGCCCGGGGGAACCCGAAACCUUCACGAUACUGCUACAGACUGGGCUGCUCAACUUAAGGUCUUGCGGCGGCUGUUGGAUUCAGUGGAGUUCCUGGAGGAGGUGAGCGGUCCCGGGGAGGUAGCGUUGAGUAGCUCAGAAAGAGCCCUGCUGAGGGAACUCACUGACAUUUUGGAGCCCUUCACUGAGGCCUGGGACAUGGUGCACAGAGACGUACAGAGAGACACCCAGCCGGACAGGCACGUGUUCAUCAGUUUGGCUCUGCCUUGUGUUCUUGGGCUGCGUAAGCACCUCUCUGAGACAUCAACUCCCCACUGCCCCUCCCUCCUGCUUGGCCUAAACCAGUCCCUGGAACGCCUUCUGGCUCCGAUCCUGGAAAACCCCUUGUACAUUACUGCGACCACCCUGGACCCCCAGUUUAAACUUACUUGGAGCAGCAACCCCGACUGGCACAAGCAAGUUCUCCUAGAGGAAUUAUCCAAACAUUCCACAGCCUCUCCCCCGGCCGACCUCAACACAGACAGUAGCCCUCAGUCCCAAACUCUUCCUACUCCAUCGCCAUCCCCGGUCUCCUCGUUGUCUCGCCCCUGCAAAUUGUUCUCUUUUAUCAAGCAGAGACCCGCGACACAGGCUAAAAGUCUGGAACAGGAGUUAUCUGUCUACCUUCACGAGGAGCCCACGGAUGAAGAGGCUUUGCAUUACUGGCGCCGUAAAACCAUUGACUUUCCUCUGCUAGCUCAAGUAGCCAAAAGGGCAUUUACCAUACCUGCUUGUGACACUGUGGUGGAGAAUAUCUUCUCUGCAGCCAGGCGCCUCCUGUUGCCAGAGAGAGGCCACCUCCUACCAAAGAACUUGGAGACACUCAUCUACCUCAAAGCCAACUACAAAUUGUUGUGGACUUAAAGCUAUGAGUCAGCCAUGUUUUAUCUGAAGAGCAACCAGAGGGUUUUCGGUUUUAGAAACGUGACUGCUUUAAUAAAACACAUUUGUCGCUGUGAAGAGACCUGAGUGAGGAACGUAGUAAAUUACACACCUGUUAUUUUGAGACUGAAAUAACUAGCUUCCUUUCUUAAGUAUGGUUUUAGACGUGGAUAUUCUGCAUAUGGGUUUUCACACCAUGAACUGUUGAAACGUCUGAGAUCAGAUCAAGAUUAAAAUACUCACUCCGUCUGUCCUUAUUUUGCCGUUUCAGGGUCUGCGGACGACCACCAAGUUCCUAUUGUCUGUUUCCGACCUUCGCUUAGUGAAUUAUCUGCUGGAGUUUUGCUUACAGUCAGGAGAGAACAAAAGUGUAUUUGCUGUCCAAACAGUCAUGAUAAAACAUCAGUUUACACUGUGAUCUAAAAGCUUCUGGAACCAACUUUAGGAAUUAGGGAAUAACUACAUUUAAUUGUUUUCUAUAAAAUUUUAACAAUUUCUAACAUCGCUGUUGUUGAAUCCUGACCCACUCUUUGGUUUUCGUUGUCACAGUUGCGUGGUAAAAAAUGUGCCAUUUUGUUUUCAGCCUUAAAUCAUCCACCCCUUCCUGCCACAAUCUCCCUCGCGAACUUUUCAUCCCCCCUCUGCAUCCAAAGUUAUUGUGUGAUCGGUCAGAUUCUGGUGGGUGUUUUUAAGUGGAAACCAACCCCAGCUACUCAACCUCCAGAAACCAGCUUUUCUGUCAGUGAAAUCUAAGAUAUAACUCCUGGACGUUGGUGUGAUUUGCAUUCGAUAGUUAGAAAGUGUCUUAAAUGCUUUCCAUGUGUGAAUGAUUUUUUUUUUUCUCAAUUUGGAAACGAUGGAUGUUAAUGUAUUUAUAAAUUGCCGGGUGACCUUUCUCAGAUUGAUGGGUAAGAAACAAUUGCUUCUUUAAAGUCUUUGCAGUCUGCCAAAACUGCUUUUAUGCAGGCAAUAAACCUUGCUUUACAUUAAAUAUAUACUGUAUAUCUAUGCUUGUGAUUAAACGAGUACAGCUUCCCUUCUUAAAUCCUACACAAGGAGCAAGGAUAAAUUAAAUUUUCCCAAUAUUACAUUGACAGUAAGGCUUUUUUUCUUCGUGAUUGUAUGUACAGCUACUCUACUGGCUGCUGGUCAUUGCUUCAUUGUCACCUGAGAAGGAUUACAUUCACUGCAAAUCAAAAUAUACAUCCCUUCAUUCUUUCCCUCAAUUACUGUAAACCUUAACACCAGGACAUGAGAAUAAAGGCAUUUCAGUUUUAAA